AUGGCGCUCGCGCGUCGCGCGUCGACGGGCGCGCGCGCGCGCGGCGCGGUGCGCGAUGGGCGACGCGCGGGGGGUCGUUCGCACCCGCGAGCGUCGAGGGCGAGCGUGCGGGAGACGAAUGAGGCGGUGCCAGUGCUCGAGGUUGGAACCGGGACCCCGCUGGACGACGCGCGCGCGGCGGCGCUGGCGAUGGCGCUCGAGGCGGAGCGUCUGGGAAAGAUGACGCUCACGGGACCGAGCGAUGCGGGGAAUCCGUAUCGAAGGGUGGAGUUUCGGUGGGUGACGAUUCGAGGGCGGACGCUUUUGCAGCGCGAGCGGUUCGACGCCAGGCAAGCGUUCGCGAGUAAUCACGCGAUCGAUGACGCGGCGAACGGGGAUUUGAAGGGCGCGACGGCGUCUGUGGUGAUCGCGGAGGCGCUCGACGCGGGGUAUAAGCACUGGAGAUUGGAGCACUCGAGCGGCGGUUGGAACGUGACGGCGAAUGUGAAAAAAAAGCGCGCGACGGUUUCGAAAGAGAAGGGGUCGAAGCGUUUGAUCGACGGCGAGGGCGCGACCGGGGCGACAUUUGUGGUCGGUCCCCGCGCGCAUGAUCGCGAAAAGGCGCGGAUGGUGGCGACGGAUGACGCGUUUUUGAGGUACGUCGGCGUCGUCGCCGAGGAUGGGUCGGUGCGGGCGAGCAAGCGGGACAAGUAUAAGCAGGUGGAGGAAUUUCUGAAGAUUUUGAAUCACGCCGUGGACGAGGCUACGUCGGCGAAUCACAUGGAGAGCGGGAGCGCGGUGCGUCCGCUUCGAGUGUGCGAUUUAGGGUGCGGGAACGCGUACCUGACGUUCGGCGCGUACUCCUUGCUCGCCAUCAAGCGCGAGAUUCCCACGAACGUCGUCGGCGUCGACGUCAAGCGGCAGGCGCGAGAGCACAACACCGGCGUCGCGACAGAUCUUGGCUGGGGCGAUUCGAUGCAUUUCGUCGAGGGCACAAUCGCGGGCGCAGGCGUGAGCUUUGGGGAGAACGUAAGCGCGCCGCCGGAUAUCGUGCUCGCGUUGCACGCGUGCGACACGGCGACAGAUGAGUCAAUCGUCCGAACGGUGCGCUGGGGAUCCCCGCUUGCGCUUAUCGCUCCGUGCUGUCACCACAACCUUCAGAUGCGCCUGAAGAAAUCAACCGUCCAGGCGUUUCCUCCUCUCUCACGACACGGUAUCCUAUCGGAGCGCUUCGGGGACGUCCUCACCGACGCCUUCAGAGCUCACAUUCUCCGUCUGUUAGGCUACCGCGUGGACGUUAUGGAGUUUGUUGGCGGCGAGCAUACGCCGCGAAAUACUUUGAUUCGCGCGAUUCGAACCAACGCCCUGGCAUCGAAAGAGGCUUGGGAGGAGUACGAUAACAUGAUGAAGACGUGGGGAGUAGAACCCUUCUUGGCGGAGGAGCUGAGGGGGGAAAUCGCCGAGGCGAGAGCGCGAAGCGGUGCGUAA